AUGAGUGGUGAACACCAAUAUCAAACCAGAAGCAAAGGCUCAACGGUGGGAGGCAGGGACCUGGACUUCUCGGACGACUCGGUGGCUACUGACAACUCGGACUACGGUAAUGAAUUCGUGGAUGACGAAGAUGAGGCGGAAUAUGGAGUCAGUCAAAGUGGGAAAUCGAGAGCAGGCAGUCGCAAAUCUGCUGCAGGGGGAAAGAAAAAUGGGACGAAAAACAGUGCGAAAAGCGGCAGUGGCGCUAAGGUGUCUGCUACUAACGAAACACUCAACAAAUUGGCCGCCAAGGACCAAAACUUUCUGCAUGGACUGCAGCACGACGCUCCAGCGGAUUUCGUGCCCGAUGUGGUGUCAGGGCUUUUCAGGUCUUCAGACUUCAGCUACUUGAAACUGAAACCCGACCAUGCAUCUAGACCGCUAUGGAUUUCUCCAAGCGACGCCCGUGUCAUUUUGGAGAGCUUUUCGCCAUUGGCUGAACAAGCCCAGGAUUUUCUGGUAACAAUCGCCGAGCCCAUCAGUAGACCAUCACACAUCCACGAGUACAAAAUCACGGCUUAUUCGCUGUACGCGGCGGUUUCUGUGGGUUUGGAAACUGACGAUAUCAUCGCCGUUUUGGAUAGGCUGUCAAAAGUACCUGUGGCAGAUUCAAUUACAAAUUUCAUCAAAAGUGCCACUGUUUCAUACGGUAAAGUCAAACUUGUCAUUAAGCAUAACCGUUAUUUUGUGGAGACUUCGCAAGCUGACAUUUUGCAGAUGUUGCUAAAGGACCCGGUGAUCGGCUCUUUGAGAAUCGAUUCUGAGGCUUCUGCCUCUUCUGCGGCCUUGCAAAGUCAAACCAUUAAAGAGAAUAGCGCAGAAGCACAGCAAAAGACUGCAAAAAUUGAUCCCAACGACGUGGAAGCCGUUUUUUCGUCAGUCGUGGGCGAAAUUCAAUUGGAUGACGACAAUGAAGAUAUCGAUGCCGUUCACGCCUUCGAGAUUGCAAAUGAAUCUGUGGAAAUUGUGAAAAAAAGAUGUCAGGAAAUUGACUAUCCCGUAUUGGAAGAGUACGACUUCAGAAACGAUCAUAGAAACCCAGAUUUGGAUAUUGAUCUCAAACCUUCUACUCAAAUUAGACCUUAUCAAGAGAAGUCUUUGAGUAAAAUGUUUGGUAACGGUCGUGCCAGAAGUGGGAUCAUCGUUUUGCCCUGUGGUGCGGGUAAAACGCUAGUCGGUAUUACAGCUGCUUGCACCAUCAAAAAGUCAGUCAUUGUACUUUGUACCUCAUCAGUGUCGGUAAUGCAAUGGCGGCAACAAUUCUUGCAGUGGUGUACACUACAGCCCGAAAAUGUGGCAGUUUUCACUUCGGACAAUAAAGAAAUGUUUCAAACAGAGUCGGGUUUGGUGGUAUCCACUUAUUCCAUGGUUGCGAAUACUCGUAAUAGGUCUCACGACUCGCAGAAAGUCAUGGACUUUCUCACGGGCAGAGAAUGGGGGUUCAUUAUUUUAGAUGAGGUGCAUGUUGUUCCAGCAGCCAUGUUUAGAAGAGUUGUCACCACAAUUGCUGCACAUGCAAAAUUGGGUCUGACAGCGACAUUGGUUCGAGAAGAUGACAAGAUUAGCGAUCUGAAUUUUUUGAUUGGCCCCAAGUUAUACGAAGCUAACUGGAUGGAACUUUCCCAGAAGGGUCACAUUGCAAAUGUUCAAUGCGCUGAAGUCUGGUGUCCCAUGACGGCAGAGUUUUAUCAAGAGUAUCUGAGAGAAAGCGCAAGAAAAAGGAUGCUUUUAUACAUCAUGAAUCCGACUAAAUUUCAGGCUUGUCAGUUUUUGAUACAGUAUCAUGAGAAGAGAGGCGACAAAAUCAUCGUUUUCUCUGACAAUGUUUACGCUUUGCAGGAAUAUGCAUUGAAGUUAGGCAAACCGUUCAUUUACGGCUCGACCCCGCAGCAGGAGCGGAUGAACAUUUUGCAAAAUUUCCAGUUCAACGACCAGAUCAACACUAUAUUCUUAUCGAAAGUCGGGGAUACUUCAAUCGACUUACCAGAAGCUACGUGUCUCAUUCAGAUAUCCUCUCAUUACGGUUCUCGUCGUCAAGAAGCUCAACGACUGGGUAGAAUUUUGAGAGCUAAGAGACGUAACGACGAAGGUUUCAAUGCCUUUUUCUAUUCCCUAGUGUCUAAGGAUACUCAAGAAAUGUAUUACUCCACUAAGAGGCAAGCAUUCUUGGUCGAUCAAGGAUAUGCCUUCAAGGUCAUCACACAUUUGCACGGUAUGGAGACGCUCCCAAAUUUGGCUUACUCAACCGCACGCGAGCGGAGAGAAUUAUUGCAAGAGGUUUUGCUGAAAAACGAAGAAGCAGCGGGAAUUGAAAUCGGUGAUGACGCCGAUAACAGUGUCGGACGCGGUGGCCCAGGGAACAAAAAAGCUAAAUCAAAAGCUGUUAGAGGGGAAGGCUCACUAUCUGGAUUGGCCGGUGGUGAAGACAUGGCAUACUUGGAAUAUUCUUCAAACAAAAAUAAAGACCUAAGGGAUCAUCACCCUCUGAUACGCAAAAUGUACUAUAGAAAUAUGAAGAAAUAG